CUUCCGGUUGAAAGGGGAUUGCCUCAAGUAGUGACAAUAUAUUGCAUGAGACUGUUAUGAAGACAAGUUAAACACAUUCAUUAUAUUUGUUUAAGAUGCCGAGCGAAAGUGACAAGAAGGACGAACUAAAGGAAGAGAUAGAGAGUUUCAUUGCAGAACUCAAACAAGGAACCAGCCAAAGUUCCUAUUAUGUUGCCCUGAAGACUGUUUGCCUGUUGAAGAAGAUUAUAGCACAACGGAAAUGGCAAACUGCAAAGGAUGUGAUGGAGGUACUGAGGGAUGAUGGCAGGAAGAUGAUGAUGUCACAGCCAUCAGAAACAGCAAUAGGAAAUAUGGUACGACGUGUACUGAAACUUGUACGGGAGGAAUAUGCCAGCGCUUGUGCAGGGAAGUCUGAGGAGGGCGAUCCACAGGAAUCCUUACAUAAACUGUUAUUAGCUGAGGGAGAAAUAGAUGACUACAGCAGAAUGGUACCAACCCUGAAGACAUCUGUGAUUGAGGCACUCAAUGAACUGAAGGUGGAGUUAGAGAACAGUGCUGACAAUAUCGCUGGACAAGCAUUAGAACAUAUACACUCCAAUGAAGUGAUUAUGACUGCAGGCAAAUCCAUAACAGUAGAGGCUUUCCUUAAGAAAGCAGCAAAGAAGAGAAAGUUCCAGGUGAUAGUAGCAGAAUGUGCACCAUUUUAUCAGGGUCAGGAACUGGCAGUCAGUCUAGCAAAGGCAGGAAUUGAGACCACUGUUAUCAAUGAUUCUGCAGUGUUUGCCAUCAUGUCUCGAGUAAACAAAGUCAUUAUAGGCACACACACCGUCAUGGCUAAUGGAGGCUUAAAGGCCAUCAAUGGAAGCCAUGCGCUGGCCUUAGCAGCUAAACAUUAUUCUGUACCGUUGAUAGUGUGUGCAGCCAUGUUUAAAUUAUCACCUCAGUACCUCUGCUGUUAUGACCAGGAUGCCUUUAACAAAUUCGUGAGUCCACACAAUGCCAUGAACUUCUCUGAGGGAGAGAUUUUAUCAAAGGUCCAGAUAGCUAACCCAGUGUUUGAUUAUGUACCUCCAGAACUCGUCACCCUCUUUGUCUCCAAUAUAGGAGGAAAUGCACCAUCAUAUGUGUACAGACUUUUAAGCGAACUUUAUCACCCAGAUGAUCAUGAACUUUGACCUUUUCUUCCAAGAAUAAAGAUAAAGACAAUAUUUUGCAGCUUUUAAUUCUGCUUCAGAUAUAUAUGGACUGGGUAUCUGGAUGGUGGAUAAGAUUUAAGAUGUAAAUUGUUUUUAUUAAACAAAAAAUUGAUCUGAAUGAGAUCUGUGUACUAUCAACAAUAUUUACGUUGUGCUCAUACAAAGCAGAACUUACUUUUUGUUCUCUUGGUCAAGAGAGAGUUACUCCCCCUUGACAUCAACAAGCUGUUCAGUGAAGAUCGACUUUUAAUUGAAAAAGUUUCAGAGGUAAAACCUGGUGAUAUUUGUAUAAUUUUACACAGGUCUUGUGGAUCUUUGCCAAGGAUUUCCACAAAACAUCAUAACCACAACGUUAUCCUGAUUUCUUCUUAAAGUUGCAGAAAUUCCUGUCUACACUGUAAAUGCUCAAAUUAAAUGAAAAUGUCAGAUCCGCAUAACAAAAAUCUGGUUGAAACCUUAUGAACUGGUGGAGAAGAAAUGAAUUGGUUGUGAGCUAUUUGUAAAUGAACAUAACUCAGGCUAGCAGGACAUUCCCAAAAGCCUAGUGAUAGGAUGUUUGCCUUGAGAGCGAGAGGUCGCUAAUUCAAGGCUUGGCACCGGCGGAUAUUCUUCAUUCCUAUUACAUGUGUAUAAACGAUGUCUCAUGAGUGGCAGUAAUCCAUGUAGGAUCUGUGUACAUGAGUUUGAAACCCAUGUUGGGCUGGUGUUGACCGUAUACCGGUGUUUUUUCUCCGGGUACUCCGGCUUUCCUCCACCUCCAAAACCUGGCAUGUCCUUAAAUGAACCUCGCUAUUAAUAAGACAUUAAACAAAAUAAACCAAACCAAUCACCGUCUGACAUAACAUUAAGAUCAUUUCCCUCAGAUGUCGUAGAAAGUAUCUCAUAUCUAUAAAUGGAUUCGUAGCGUUAUUGUUUACCGAAGUCCGUCUAGUAUUAUGUAUUAUUACGAAACAUUUUCCUGGUCACACUGGCAUUGUGGUGACAUUUUGUCCUCCCAUUUUAACACCGAUGUCUUAGAGCAUACAUUCUGUAUAUGAUCUAUUUGUAGGUACAUCUUUGCAUGGUUUGAAUCGGUUUAGAUAAUUUUGUGGUUCAAACUUCUUUGGAUAUUUCAUGUGAGACAAACACUAGUGAAGCAUCACUAAUUUUUGUGGUUUUUAAAAAACAAUAAAACCAUAAGAGUGUUUAUAUCUAACAAACACUUUAUGUUAUACAGUGUUGUUUUGGUCAAGGUCAUUUGAACAAAGGAAAAUGCUUUACAGCAAAGUUCAAAGACAAAGCUUGAAACUGUAUUUAGAUUCACAGGAAGAAAUAAAAGCGAUAAAAUAAGUUUCAUAUUUUCAAGAUUUUAUUCUCAAAAUAAUUGCUGUGUAAAAAAUCUGCAAAAAUAAAAAAAAAACAUGGAUAUCAAAAUCUCAAAUGCUUUUUUUUGUUAUAUAUAUUUAUAUAUAGGGUUGAACACUGUUUUUGUGUUAGCACUAACACACCAAUAUGAAAUGACUCUAGCUAAGUUACACUCGUAUACGUACAGAACCACACAUUUACAGGCAAAUACAUAGGUUAGCUCUAAGUCAAAACUGGUAACUGAACACAGGGUUAUUGUUGGACCAGCUACAGCCAAACCUCGUUAAUAUGAACAAUCUAGUUUCUGAAAUUUUUUUUUUAUUGAAGCAGAGAAUUACAAUCUCAUUAUACAUCCCUGAUUGAAGAAUUAACUAUCUUUCUGAUAUUUUGAUUCUAAAUGCCGAUUUUAAAAAACAUUCCAUUACAAUAGUCCAGAUUUCUGAGGUAAUGCUGUUUAUAGAAAUAGUCCAGCGUGUUUUGUGCUUUAAGUUACAAGUUUCCUUUUUAUUGGUAACAAAGGCUAUUGAUUGCAAAUAUUCUUCAGAACAUUACAGUAGUUUUGGAAUUCCUACAUAUUUUGACAAUAUGCAUGAAUAGAUUUCACAAAACUUUGGAAGACUGAUUUGAAACCAGUUCGAUUUCACUUUUAUACAAAUCAAAAUUUGACCAUUUAUGGAUAAAUGUUAAAGCUAUUUUGAACACAGAAUAAGAACAUGCAGACACUAGAAAUGAUUGACCCAUCCUCCAGCUAAGAAAAAAAAACCCCAAAAAACCUAGUAUUGGUGCAAGACUCCUAAUUUCAGAUAAAAAUUAGAUACUGAUAUCAUUGUGGUCUUUCUCAACAGUAAGCAGUAUUUAAUCCCCUGUGGAUAACACCAGAGGGAUUGAAAGUGCCUGAGGUUUUCACUUCUCUAAUAGUCAAUUACUAUUUCACUUUUGUCUAGACCAAACUGAGUUUUGUGUCAUACUACCUCCAGUAAACGUGAGUUUCGGAUCUUGUUACAUUACAGAGUUACAGCCCUUGUUAUGUUUCUGACAUCACAAUUUCCUUAGACAAACAUUACUUUUCUUGCCUUCUGAAGGGAAAGGUCAAACAACUCCAGCAUCUGUGUAAGAAAGGCUUUACUUUCUUGGAGGAUUACAUGUAGAGGUAACAACAAAUUUCACAACCAUUAGGAGAUAGAGUAAGCUGCAUGCAUUCAUUUAUACUUUGUAAUAUGGGAAUACAUUCUAUAUCAAGUCUAUGAAAAAUAUUGCUUGUAUUUAUUGUGUAUAAUUAACAAAUUGUUUGAAUAACAAAAAAUAUUCAUGAUCAUAAUGAAGAAACGCAAAAAUGAAGGAUUUCGUGAUGUAUCAAUAAACCAAAAUAAUAAUAAAAAAUAAUCUAGAAAGUAUUUAAGUCGAUGGUGUAGUAUUAUUAUGAAAAUGAGUUUUAAAUGGUAAUUUUAAGGAAAAGAGACAAAAUGGUUGGGAAAAAAAUGAAAUGGGAGAUAUAGCCUAGAAAGCAGCACCAGUAUCAACUUGUAGUAUAAUUCACAUCCGAAGCAAACUGUUAAUGUAAACAUGUCUGAAAGGGUGAUGGAUGACAUGAUGAAUCUAAUGUUAAACUAGUAUUUUAUCUCUAAAGAGAAUGGUUAAAGACUAAGCCUGCAUACUAUGAUUGAUAAAAUAACAAAAAAAAAA